AUGGCGUUUUCUUUGAAUAAACUUAAAAAUAUUUUAAAUGGCAAUAAAGACAAUCAAUUGGCUGGAAGUGGAAGUUUGGAACCAGAAAUUGGUUUCAAAUUAGCUUUGCAUCCAGUUAGCAAAAAUAUGUAUGUGACUGUUAUCGGCGCCCGGCAUUUGCCGUCAUUGUUUGGACUCAGUCGCGCCUAUGGAUAUCUUGUAAAGAUUAAAAUAUUCCCCGGCGAAAGUAAAUACGAAACAACAUUACAAGAGAGCUCUUGGCCGAUAUGGAAUGAGGAUUUUAAAUUUCAAUUGAAACAAAAGGAUGCUAAGAAAUCUGAUAAAAUUGACCUACAGAAUUUAGUUGCUGGACAUUUCCUUUCAUUGACGAUUUACGCCAUAUUGGACUCCCCGAAACCGGAGGCGGACAGACGAAAGAGUGCCAAACUGACCGAUACCAAAAACUCUAAAUUAAUGAAUGAGGAAGAUUCUAAAGCGAAGGGAUUAUUUGAGAAAACAUUCAGCAGUUUUAAGACGACUAAGUCGGAGGCGGUUACUCAAAAAUCCAUUCUAGAGAAGAGGAGGACUCUAGGAGCCGCGACGUGGAAUUUCGAUUCCAAGUUAUUCCAGAAUGAUCUCAAGAACGGCUUAAUUGGAACUCCAGAUAUUUGGAGGCCUAUAAAUGCCAUUGCUAGCGGACUAGCUCCUUCCGAUAGUCGGAGGGAGAAUAAGAAAGGUCAAUUAGAGGUGACGUUACUUUAUACUUCAAGCGAGGAUGGUCUGAACGACGUUUUGCAGCUCACUGUUAACAGAUUACGGUGUUCAGUACAAACGAUGCAAGAACAAGAACAAUACAAAGCGCCUCUAUACUUGAAAGCUACGAUAUUAGAAGCAAACAAGGCUGAAUGUUAUUGGAAGAGUGAUAGAUUUAUACCGACCAUCUCGGCGAGAUGGGAUCCAAAAUCUUCUACGGUGAAGCUAACAGUGUAUAAAGCUAACUUGAACAAAGUUAGCAUAUAUAUUAGCUUCGGAUGCAAAACUAAAAUGGCUAAGAAGGAAAUAUUAGGGAAGGUUCACAUCGAUGAGAAAUCGCCGUACGCUGACAGCUGGAAUGAAUGCUUGAGACAACCGGGCAUACCUAAGACUUUCUGGGUCAAUUUUGAAUAA